AUGUUUUCUUUGGAGGCACGUAAUUCAGGAGGGGUGGCAUGGGCCAUGGCCUAUCCUAAAUUUUGUUCCUCUGAUUUACAAUUCCUCUCUCCUCCAAAACUCACAUCUCCCAUCCUUCGCAAGAGAGCUUUCCGAAUAUUUGAUACAAGAAUGAUGGCUUCUAUUUUGGGCUCUUUAGGUGCUGAAAUUGAGUUUUCUAAUAAUGAGAUGGUGGUUAAUACUAAACUAGUCGGGUUUGUAGAACCUGAAUUGAGUGGCAUUGGCAAGAUUCGAGGUGGGUUCUUCGUUAUUGGUCCUCUGCUUGGCCGGUUUGGAGAGGCUGUGGUUGGUUUGCCCAGUGGAUGUGAUAUUGGAGCUUGA